AUGGCACAUCCCACACAACUAGGAUUCCAAGACGCGGCAUCACCCGUUAUAGAAGAACUUCUUCAUUUUCAUGACCACGCUUUAAUAAUUGUAUUUUUGAUUAGCACCUUAGUACUAUAUAUUAUUGUUGCAAUAGUCUCGACUAAACUCACCAACAAGUAUAUUUUAGAUUCUCAAGAAAUCGAAAUUGUAUGAACUGUUUUACCAGCUGUUAUCCUAAUUUUGAUUGCCCUCCCCUCUCUACGCAUUUUAUACCUUAUAGACGAGAUUAAUGACCCCCACCUAACAAUUAAAGCCAUAGGACACCAAUGAUACUGAAGCUACGAGUACACAGACUACGAAGACCUGGGUUUUGACUCCUACAUGAUUCCAACCCAAGACCUUAAUCCCGGGCAAUUUCGACUCCUUGAAGCAGACCACCGAAUGGUAGUACCAAUGGAAUCUCCAAUUCGUGUACUAGUCUCAGCCGAGGAUGUACUGCACUCUUGAGCUGUUCCAUCAUUAGGUGUAAAAAUAGAUGCCGUUCCAGGACGACUUAACCAAACCGCUUUCAUUGCCUCCCGUCCCGGGGUCUUUUAUGGACAAUGCUCUGAAAUCUGUGGAGCUAAUCACAGCUUUAUACCUAUCGUAGUAGAAGCCGUUCCACUCGAACACUUCGAAAGCUGAUCAUCCUUGAUACUAGAAGACGCCU